UCGAUAAACAUAAAAAACAAGGAAUAUUAAAGGCGCGAGCCAAGGAAUCUUCCCUGUGCAAAAUUUCUUUCGAAAAAAAAUAAAUACAUCGCAGAGCCUAUAAAAAAUUGUCCAAAUAAAAACCAGUAAAAAAGAAUUAAAAAGAAAAAAGCGCUUGGCUUGGGUUUUAAAAAUACAGAACGCCAAAAUAAAUUUUAAAGUCGCGGAAAAUUAAAACGUUGGACACUAGAGUCUCAACCCCUUUUAUUCAUUUUCUCGCAUUUUUGAACAUUUAACCUUUACCUCAAGAAACCAAAAAUGACUACUGAAAAUCGGGAUUUUUCUGCUUUACUUAAUACAAAAUGUGAACGUAAAAUGAAAAGAAAAGCGGCCAAACAGUUAAAAUCAACUUGGAAGAAAGGGCAAUCUCACCAACAAAUCAAUGUAGAUUCAAUUGUUGCUAAACAAUUAGAGGAUACCAAACGAAAGAAAAAACUUGAAAAACGAAGAAGGCUUAGAAAUAAAAAGAGAAAGGAAAAAAUUGAAUUGGAAAGAAAAAAGAGGAUUGAAGGGAAAAAUGAAGAAAAUUUUGAUGAAACGGAUGAGGAAGAAGGGGAAGAUGAAAAUUGUACUAUUGAACAAUUUAGAGAAGAGGCAGAAAAAGUUCGUUCAGAAAGGUUAAAGGAGGAUUUGGAUGAAGACGAUCGCGAAAUUCGUCGACUUGAAAGACUUCUUAAAAAGAGUAAGAGAAGAAAGAAGGGGAAAACUGAAGUUGAGAUGAGUGAGGAUGAAUUGGAGAAGAUAUUUUUGGGAAAUGCUUCGGGUGGUGAAGAAGAUUAA